GGGGAUCUCCCACAACCGCCUGACAGCCGGCCAAGUGGGCGGGUCAGGACUUGUCCCUCCGUUCCCGGCUGGGCUGUGCGCGGGGGUGGUGCUCUUCUUCCCAGCUCCGGAGGCACCGAGAGGUUUGCUGCCUUGGCUCUUUUUGACAUUAACCGGAAACGAGGGAGACUCCGGGCGGUCAAGAGACCCGCCAGCCAAGCCAAGCCAAGCCAAGCCGGCGAGCAAAAGCCUCGCUUCUCCAAAGCGCACCGCUGGAGAGCGGACUUGAGGGCACCGGCGGAGGGGAGGGGGGUGCUUCUCGGUCGGCGGGCGCCGCCAAUUGGGUGUCCCCAUAGGAAGAUAUUUUGGUGGUAUAUAUUGUCAUUAUGAGAUGUUGUCUCUCGGUGCUUCAUUUGUGCAAAUUAAAUUCGAAGAUCUGCAGUUCUUUGAAAACUGUGGCGGUGGAAGUUUUGGGAGUGUAUAUCGAGCCCGAUGGGUAUCUCAGGACAAGGAGGUGGCUGUGAAGAAGCUGCUAAAAAUAGAAAAAGAGGCAGAAAUACUCAGCGUGUUGAGCCACAGAAAUAUCAUUCAGUUUUAUGGUGCUGUUAUUGAACCCCCAAACUAUGGCAUAGUUACAGAAUAUGCUUCUGCUGGGUCAUUGUAUGACUAUAUUAAUAGCAACAGAAGUGAAGAAAUGGAUAUGGAUCAUAUAAUGACCUGGGCAAUGGACAUUGCUAAAGGAAUGCAUUAUUUGCAUAUGGAGGCUCCAGUCAAAGUAAUCCAUAGAGAUCUAAAGUCCCGGAAUGUUGUUAUAGCUGGUGAUGGAGUAUUGAAGAUUUGUGAUUUUGGGGCUUCAAGAUUUCAUUCCCAUACAACACACAUGUCUCUGGUUGGUACUUUUCCCUGGAUGGCUCCAGAAGUAAUACAGAGUCUCCCAAUAUCAGAAACAUGUGAUACAUAUUCAUAUGGUGUGGUUCUCUGGGAGAUGCUAACAAGGGAAGUCCCCUUUAAAGGCUUGGAAGGAUUACAAGUAGCUUGGCUUGUAGUGGAAAAAAAUGAGAGACUGACCAUUCCAAGCAGCUGUCCUGGAAGCUUUGCAGAAUUGAUGCUCCAGUGUUGGGAAGCAGACCCAAAGAAGAGACCCGCUUUCAAGCAAAUCAUUUCGAUUUUGGACUCCAUGUCAAAUGAUAGCAACCUUCCAGACCAAUGCAAUUCAUUCCUGCAUAACAAGGCAGAAUGGCGAUGUGAAAUCGAGGCCACCUUAGAAAGGCUGAAGAGAUUGGAACGUGAUCUGAGCUUUAAGGAACAGGAACUAAAGGAAAGGGAAAAACGCUUGAGAAUGUGGGAGCAGAAGCUAACUGAACAAUCCAACACACCUUUGCUGCCGUCAUUUGAUAUUGGUGCAUGGACUGAAGAAGACGUGUAUUUUUGGAUGCAACAGCUCGUUAGAAAAGGUGAUUCAUCUGGCGAUAUGAGUAUGUAUGCUAGCUUGUUUAAAGAGCAUCACAUCACAGGAAAACGUUUACUUCUUCUGGAAGAAGAUGAUUUAAAGGACAUGGGGAUUGUUUCCAAAGGACACAUCAUUCAUUUGAAGACUGCCAUUGAGAGGCUAUGUAAGGAUUUCUUCAAUAUGUUUCAUUUUCCUCCCCUGAUCAAGGAUUCUGCCAGUGAAAAUGAGGCCAGUGAGGUGAAACUGCUGAAUCUGGAACUUGUUUUUGGCUACCAUUUAAAACCUGGAAAGGGUCCUCAGGAUUGCAAAUGGAAAAUGUAUAUGGAAAUGGAUGGGGAUGAAAUUGCAAUAACAUAUAUAAAAGACGUGACAUUUAACACUAAUCUACCCGAUGUCGAGAUUUUGAAAAUGACAAAGCCUCCAUUUGUGAUGGAGAAGUGGAUUGUGGGGAUAGGAAAAGAUCAGACUGUGGAGUGCACAGUGACUUACGAGGCUGAUGUCCACUCUCCCAAAACUACCAAACACAUCCAGCAAGUGCAGUGGAGUCAGGUGAAACUGCAGGAUGAAGUGAAAUCGGUACAGCUGAAAAUACAGACAUCUCUCCCAAACGUUGAAGGCAACCCUCGGAGCAGAUCCAAUUCCAGUAUUGACAGCCAGUGGAUGAAUGCACUGAAAAUGCACUGUGUGACAAGCAGCCCUUCUCUCCAACAUUCCCGUCCCCACAGUCCCAACAACUUAACCCAUUUUUUACCCUACCUUCACAAUCAAGACACUUACGCGGCUGCUGUGAGGCGGACUUCAGUGCCCACUACCUAUCAUAUUACCCCACUCAUUCAGUCAAGAAGUUCAUCGCCAACAACCUAUUUAUCGUCUUUGCAUCUGAAUUCCAAGGGAAGCAGCAGCUCCAGUGCGACUUCGACUUCGGACAGUCCAUCGGAAAAGGGCAGCUCCAAAACCAGAAACAAAAAUAACUAUCACACCAGCGUCUCUCCUGGAGGGGCGGCAGCUGGAAAGCGUUGGGUAAGAAACCCAGCUGCUCCAGAAACACUGAGAAAUGCUGGGAAAUAUUCUAGGUCUUCCCAGUCAACCUCCAAUCAAUAUCAACAUCUGCCAAGGACGCAUGAGAGAAAACAUCCUCAUUACCCGCAGCAGGACAAAUCAAUACCAGGGAUGCCCUUGAAAACUGAAACAGAAGAAGAAGAGGAAGAAAACAAAGUCAGCGAAGGCGGAUGGGUGAAAGUCAAUUAUUCAAAGAAAUCUUACCGACAUACUGUUGGCAAACAAAACAAAGAGAAACCGAAAGGCGCUGGAACACUUCAGAGAAAAUUCCGUUGAUGCUUUUUCAGAAAUAUGUUUUAUUUUUUAUUGCACAGAGCACUGACUUUCCACGGAGAAGGUUUGAAAUUGUUCUUAAAAUAACUGACGACGAAUGUGAGAAUGGGGAGCCUGCAACAGAAAUCGCCUGGGAGGAAUGACAUUAGCGCAGCCUUGGGUUCUGUUGGACGCUUUUUUACCACAUUGUAAGCCUGAUAUAGUCUUCUCCUUGUUUCAGAGCACAAGAUAUCAGUUCUCCCUUUCCUGUGAAACAACACUGCCAAAGCAACUGACAGCAGCUGGAUAGCAUUCUUGGGCCUGAAGCAGGGGCCUCUUAGGGUCCAACAAGGACUAAGGACUCUGCCCAUACCUCUGGUGUCUGAGACUCUACCAAAAUGGUAGAGCUAAUCAGGUGCAAAACAUUCUGGUUUUUUUAGUGUGUCUACUUUUAAUCAAGUACAUUUUACUUAAGUCUAGUAUUUCCAUUAGCAUGAUAUUCUAGUUCACCGUUCUUUGUUAUUUCCAAUACUCUGAUCCAGUAUUGCUACAAGGACCAAAAAAAAGUGCUGCUUAAACCUAUGAAUGGAAAAAGAAAUGACUGCAAAAGUUAUCCUUUCCAUAUUUUGAGUGCUUGGGGUUGUUUAAUGAAUUAUUUUCUUUUUGGCUUGAUUUUGUAGCAGCACCUUCAAGCUACUACAUCAAUCCUCCAUUUAGAGAUAAGCCCCAAUCUACUUCAAUUGGAAUUAUUUUUAUGGUUAAGGGAAAGUGUAACAGCUUCCUCAAAGAAGCAAAAUAAUAUAAGAAAAAAGGCCUAAUUAUUUUUGGUACAACUAUUUAUUAACAUAAGGUAAAAAUCUUAUUCAUGGUAUUUAACUAUAGUCUGUGUGUUGUCUUUAAGUAAUAAAAAGGAACAUAAU